UUGUUUUUUUGGGCAGGCAGGGCAGUGGUCAUUUUCGUUAUCUACAUAAGGGAUGCUACACUAGGGAAGCUUUCAGAACCAAAUAAUUUCUCUGUUGCCCAGGUCUGGAACAUGGAGUGGGUAUUAUGGGGUUUGGCGGCUGUUUGUGCUGGUUUAGUUUUGUUUUUGCUCAAGAUUGCAACAACAAUAUGGUGGAAGCCUCUGCAAGUGAAAAGGGCAUUUGAAGCCCAAGGAAUCAAGGGUCCUCCAUACAGGCUAUUCUAUGGAAAUUCUGCAGAUAUAUCAACAAUGAUCGAUGAGCAGAGAGACAAACCCAUGCCACUCUCACAUGACAUACUCCCUCGAGUUCUUCCCCAUUAUCAUCAGUGGACCAAAACCUAUGGUCAGGAUUUUAUUUUCUGGUUUGGGCCUCAUGUCAGGUUGGUUGUUCCCCACCCCGAGCUUAUUAAGGAGAUAUUGUCCACUAAAUUUGGCAACUAUCCUAGGUUUGCCGAUGAUCCGCUUUCAAAACAACUGGUUGGACAGGGACUUGUAGGGUUGACAGGUGAGAAAUGGACACGGCACAGGAAAAUCAUAAAUCCUGCUUUCCAUAUGGAUCUCUUGAAGGGGAUGAUUCCAACAAUUGUGAAAAGUUGUGCCAGUAUGUUGGAGGAGUGGAGUAAAUUGGUAACGUCAGGUUCUCCGGAAAUUGAUGUACAAAAGGAGUUUCGUGAUCUCACGUCCGAUGUUAUUGCACGCACAGCAUUUGGUAGCAGUUUUGCACAAGGAAAGCAUAUCUUUGAUUUGCAGGGCAAACAGAUGAUUCUUGCAUUUGAAUCAUUUCGCACUGUUUAUAUUCCAGGUUUCAGGUUUCUACCUACUACAAAGAAUAGGCAACGUUGGAAUGUGGAGAAGGAAAUAAGAAGAUCCUUAAGACAAGUUAUAGAUGCCAGGGAAAAGACUGCUGGAAUUGAAAAAACAGGUAGAUAUGGUGCCGAUCUGCUUGGUUUUAUGAUGUCUCAGAGCAAGGACCAGAUGGGAGUCAAUGGGAGAAGUAAUGGAGGCCUGAGUACAGAGGAAAUCAUUGAUGAAUGCAAGACUUUCUACUUUGCUGGUCAUGAAACGACAUCAAUACUGUUGACAUGGACUAUAAUAUUGUUGGGCAUACAUCAAGAAUGGCAAGAGCAAGGUCGCAGAGAGGUACUGCAAGUAUGUGGAAAAAACAAUUAUCCAGAUGCAGACAGCUUAAGUCGCCUCAAAAUUGUUGGAAUGAUUAUAAAUGAGGCCUUGAGACUUUAUCCACCUGCAGUAUUUCUAUCGCGACAUGCAUCUGAGCAAACAAAACUUGGAAAGCUAUCAAUUCCUGCAGGUACUCAAUUUAUGCUUCCGAUCCUUGCAAUCCACCAUGAUCCUUCUUUGUGGGGAAGUGAUGCCAAAGAUUUCAACCCAGGGCGAUUUAGUGAAGGAAUUGCAAAGGCUGCAAAGCAUCCCAUGGCAUUCAUGCCCUUUGGAGCAGGUCCAACUAUAUGUGUGGGUCAGAAUUUGGCCUUGUUAGAAGCAAAAUUGGUGUUGGCCAUGAUUCUGCAAAAGUUUUCUUUUCUGACUUCACCAUCUUAUACUCAUGCUCCUUCGCUUUUAAUUACUCUGAAACCUGAAUAUGGAGCCCAGGUUAUCUUUCGCAUGGACUAAUAUCGGAGGACAGUACUGCCUAUAAACUUCUAAUAAUAAGACAUCAAGUUUCUACAAUCUAUUAGAUAUUAUCUAGAGUGCUUCCGGAUUAGAUAUUCUGCAUGCUCUCUUUUCAUUCUGAUGGAUCACAGAGUGUGAUCCGAAACCUUGUUGCAAAAAAUCAUACACAAUCUAAUCGGGAAGCACUCUAGAUAAUAUUCUAACAAUAGUUAUAAUAAUUUUAAAAUUUUCAUUAAGUAUAUGUCCAAUGGUGUCUCAUGUUGUAAUAGCACUUGUUUCCUAGGUAACUUCCGAAAAGGAAAGUUCUAUGGACCUUAAUGGAUUAUAAAUCCUAAUGCUAUGGGUUAUAGUGAAUUUGUCUUAUAUUUUAAUAAAUUAUAAUUUAUUUUUAUA